UUAGUCAGGCUCCGCUUUAUCAGAUUUUCCAUAUGUCAGUUGAAACAACGAACGGACUUCCACAUUUUCCAUGAAGUCCACCUUGAGCGAUGCCUUAGUCAUACGAUCAGAAGUCUCCUAUAAUACACACGCUCAAUUCUCGAGCAAUUUAUCUUGUCCAAGCUGAGUAUUGUUGAGAACUGCGUUCUAUUCCAUAUGCUCGUCAUCAAAGCUAAUUUUCACACAGGUACACCCUCUAUGCAGAUGCACAGUUUAGUUCCACCGCCAAAGUGGAAUGUUCGGUGUGAGCGGAUAAAAAAGAAUCAGAUAUUCGUGCCGUCUUUGUGGAGUUUUCAUCAUCGCCACUUCUUCAUGCCAUCCAAAACACUCUAUCUAUUGGCUAUUGCUGCAGGCAGCAGUGUUGCUACGGCAGCAACGAACUGUAAUCCAAGUUACAACGCAACAACGAACCCUACUUGCAUUGCCAAUUGCAACAAGAAAGCCGGACAAGGACUUUGGGCAGACUGGACAGAUGAUCCUACAUCAACCAACUUUGUAAAGUCACUAAGCUUUCAGUGUGAGAAAGGAACUCCCAAUUACAUUGCCUUCAUGACAUCUGCUGGAGUAUGCAUGACAUCUUGCAGCACGGACGACCAGUCUGCUUUCACAACAGAGUUCCAACAGGCAUGUCAAUGGUACACCAGUCACGUAAAUGAUACGUGCACAGGAACAAGCGCAAAUUCCAGCUCUACAUCUGGAGCCUCUGCCCUGCAAGUCACUAGUUUGGUCGUGGUGUGCUCCCUCAUUGCCAGCCUUGGAUUUAUGUAAUAUCAGAGUGGUCAAAACAUAAAUAAG